CAUCCACUGAAUAAGGUCACAGAGCCUACAGGGAAAGAAAAAAAGGACAAUUAAUGCAAUCCAAGCAUUGAAACUCUUAUAAAACAAGCCUGGACACGACACGGCCAAUGCAUCUACGACGGAGCCGCGGGCGAACAGCAAAAGCUUGUUCACAGUGCCAUACAAGGAAGCAGAAGUGUGAAGGGUCCACACCGUGCCAGAACUGUGUUUCUAGAAAUGUCACGCAUCUCUGUACCCCGCCCGGGUCACGCAGUGCAACCCAAACCUCAUCAUAUACUAGGACUGCUAGCUCUACAAGGCCAAGGGUGAGGAGGCGUCGAAUUAUUCCGGAACAACAUACUGUAGCCCCUCCAGAUCUCGUUGGAGUUCACCAGCAACCAACAAUAACCGUUGCCGAUGAUGAGGAUGAGAGCGGAGAGAACCAACGGGUCGAAGACGGCCUUUAUGAAAACACAAAUGAGCCCACUCACAAUAAAGAACAGAAAAGCCUUCAAAUCGGACAAUUAUGGAAGUCACGGGGUGCACCGGCAUUCUUCGGUAGCUCGUACUUUGGACCGCAAGUAGCUGCCGCACUCAUUGACUCUCAGGCGCCGUACGUCCAACCCGGAGCCAACACAUCACGGCGAAGCAUGAAUGCCCGGCCCUUUCGAGACGAAGCUGGACCUUUCUCUCAGCUAUGGGAUCUACUCGGCCUCCUGCCACGUCAAAAGUCAACGGUAGACCGACUAGUCGACAAGUUCCUGACACAUGUUAGCUGGAACAUGGAUGCUGUCCACCCAUCAUCUUUCCGAAGGGAGUAUGAUCGGUUUUGGUCCCGAAAGGCGGGCUACGACGAUGUGACAACGGUUGACAUUCGUUGGCUGGCCCUUCUAUUCAUGAUUCUCGCCAUCGGAGCAUAUCUGGACUGCCCUCGAGGCGCGGCACCCGAAACCCAGAGAGAGUAUGAGGAAUCGUCACUGAGUUUCUUUUGGGCUAGCAGAAAAGCCAUUGUUAUAGCGCCGUCCUUUUACGGAGAAAGCUCUGAUCUGGUUCGUGCUGGUAUCUUGGUCACUCGCUACUGCCUCUUCGCCCAGCGAAUUACCGAGAGUUGGCUUACAGUCGGCUUCGCGGCACGCUUGGCUAUAGCUCAAGGUUUUCACAUCGAUGGAAGACAUUGGCGACUUCCCCGCCGGGUAGUAGAAACGAGACGAAGACUCUGGUGUCAUCUAUACCUUCUGGAUCGGAUGACUGCUCUUGCGCUCGGACGACCAUACUGUAUUCUGGAUACCCAGUCUCUGACCUGCGUGCCGGAGAACGUUUUUCUCGAUGAUCUGACAGAUGAUGAAGCCCUGACUGUGGAUGUAGAGCCUAUCGAUACAAGCCCGACACCCGCCGUUCUAGCUGUUUUCUCCCAUGGGCUAGCUAAGAUUAUAGGACAGAUCCAGGAGCAGACGUUUGGGAUUCGCGCCGCUUCAUAUCGUCAGGUGAUGCAACUAGAUGCACAACUAGUUGCUUGGAGGGAUAGCUUGCCGGCCUAUUUGGCAUUCGAAAAUCCAAACCUGUCGCUGGACUCAACUUGCUCUUACCUGGCCUGGCAUCGGCUGUAUAUUCGCACAGCCUUUUAUUUCGCUAGAAUUACUUUGCAUCGCCCUUACAUAUGGCGUUCGUCAAUUACCGAUCAACACGCUUUCAGCCGUGAUGUAUGCUUCGCAUCCGCCUGUGCUGAUCUCAAGACGCGUCUUGGGCACGAUGACAAUUCUGAGCCUGCUGAGCAUUAUACUUGGUGUCUUGGUGCUCCACAACUCUUCAACAGCGCUAUUGUAUUGGGUGUACUUGCCAUUCAAGAGCAAUCUCGCGGCACACGUGACGUCGAUGCUGUUGUCAACGACCUUCAGUCAUACUGCGACAAGCAGAAGCAUGAGAUUUGGGUCAAUGAUUUCCGGCUAGCAGAGAUUAAGGUGGUUGAAAUGUGUAUCGAAAGGCUCAAAAGACCGUGUAACACGCGACAAGCCUUAAAUCCCAUACGCAUGGGAAAUUCCGAAGCGGCACUAACGGGCGUGGGAAGGAGAAGAGGAAGAGAAGCGCAUCACCAAAACAGUAGUCAGCAAGGAAAUGCUGAACCAUCGAGGGCGAUAUCUGCUCAUAAUGCUCGAGUCUCGUUAUCAGGCCAAGACUUUACACAAAUUCAGCCACACCAAUCUCUUGCCGUAGGUUUGGAGACGGACAACGCCCUGUGGCCGUCAGGCUCAUUGAUAGAGUCUGGUCUGCGGCAUAGCCCGCAGAUCUCAGAGACCUUCACGUUCCCGGGUCCAACUGAUCUAGCAACUUGGCAGGACAUGAUUGAUAUUAUAGGAACUCACGAAUUUGAUAUGAGUCAUAUGACCGGUUUUUCAUGAUAUAGUGCUACCGCACUCUAAAAUUAGUUUAC